AUGAAGGAACUCGAGGCCAAGCACGCUGCCGACUUCAAAGCCUUCCUCCGCAUGGAGCCACAGAUGUACUAUGAGUUGCUAAACCGAGUUGGCCCCCGCAUUACCAAGAGUACAACGCAUCGAACCCCCUUGGACCCUGGGCUGAAGCUGGCAAUCACCUUGAGGUUUUUGGCGACCGGAAGCGGGUACCACGAUCUUGCGUUUGCGUUUCGUGUCCCACACAACACCAUCGCCCUUUUCAUCCCCGAGGUGUGUCAGGCCAUCUACGACGUAUACGAGGAUGAGAUGUGGGCCACUCCACAGACAGAAGAUGAAUGGCGCCCGGUGGCCGAGGGAUUCGGAGACAGGUGGAACUUCCACCACUGUUGUGGCGCGAUCGAUGGGAAGCACGUCUCAAUUAAGAAGCCCCCCAAGAGUGGCUCACUCUACUACAACUAUAAAGGCUUCUUUUCUAUCGUCAUGCUUGCGGUGGUAGACUCGAACUACAAGUUCAUCUGGGUGGAUGUGGGGUCACCAGGGUCGUGUUCCGAUGCCGGCAUCUUUAACCGGUCGCGGCUAGAGCCAGGUCUUCGUGAGGGAACGAUCGGACUCCCCCAACCGGAUUCCCUGCCUAAUGACGACCGGGACACACCCUACUACAUGGUCGGAGACGACGCCUUUCCCCUUCGGCAAUACAUGUUAAAGCCCUACCCUCAUCGUCACCUGGCACGGGACGAGCGGAUCUUCAAUUACCGGUGUUCCAGUGCACGCCGUGUGGGGUUGAAAAUGCGUUUGGUAUACUUGCAAAUCGCUUCAGAUGUCUUCCAACAACCCUGGGAAUGA